AUGAUUGAUACAGCUGUGAAAUUUUAUCAGGAUCUAUAUGACAUUAAAACAAUCGAUACAAGUAUAUGGAAUGAAUUAUUCACAGAUCUUCCAUCGUUAAAUCCAACAGAUAGAGAGUACCUCGAACAUGAUAUUAGUUAUGAAGAAUGUUAUAAUGUCUUGAAAAUGAUGCCAUUAGGUCGUGUUCCUGGUGAAGAUGGAAUAACAGUCGAGGUACGGAGAUAUUUAUUUCCAGUUAUAGAUGAAUAUUAUGUUCAAAUGAUUAAUUUAGCAAAAUCUAAUGGUCAAUUUCAUGAUGGUUUUCUUAAUGCUAUGCUCACUUUGUUAAAAAAGGAGGGGAAUUAUAAUGGUUCAAUGAAAGGUUUUAGACCUCUAUCAUUAAUGAAUAUAGAUUAUAAAAUUUUAUCCAAAGUAUUAAGUGUGCGUUUAAAACAAGUUUUGAACCAUAUCAUAUACUAUGAUCAAUCAUGUGGUAUUCCUGGACGUACGAUUCAUGAUAAUAUUCACCUUAUUCGAUCAAUUAUUGAUUGUCAUUCUCGUAGGCGUGAUCCCAUUGGUAUUAUUCAAUGGAAUCAAGAGAAAGCAUUUGAUAGAGUCAAUCAUAAUUAUCUCUUCGAAACACUCAAACAAUUUGAAUUUGGAUGUUCAUUAUCUGGAGGUCUUUAUGUAAUUUGUUUGGAACCAUUAUUACAUAAUAUAAGAAAAAAUGCUCGUAUACCUGGUGUUUUACCUCCAAGAAGUGAAUUUCGACCAGUUAUGAGAUCGAUUUUCAAUGAAGAUCAUGCUCAUGUUACUAUCAAAUUAUCAGCUUAUGCAGAUGACGUGUGUACUAUUGUUUUGAAUGAGAAUGAUGAACGUGAAACACAAGCAAUGUUUGACUUGUACAACAAGGUAUCUGGUGGUAAAACGAACAAGGAUAAAACAUCAAUUUUUUGGAUUAGUGACUGGCUUAACCCGCCUUCUUUCCAAUCCAAAGUUGAACGUGAAUAUUGUACCUUCUUAGGUGUCCCGAUUGAUACGAAAGGUAAAAUGCCAGCAGGUGAAUUAACCAAAAUUAUCUCAAAUCACGUUGGUAUCCAAUUACGUACCUUUGCACCAUGGGUUUGGACGAAUUUAGUGCCUCAUUUUAAUCAUGAUGAUAAUUUCUUUGGUGAUGUUGCAUGUCACACUGCGAAAUGGAUUAAUAAAACUGGUGCAUUAACAAUUGAUGAUACUAUACGGCAUUUUAAUGCUGAUCAUUUUUAUGAUUUACUUAAUGAUGUUAAUAUCAAUGCAGCACCAACAAUUCUCUUUUAUCAUCAAACAAAAAUUAUUUAUCAUAUUGAUGGUUUUAAUCAAAAUGUUUUAUUAAGAAAAAUUAAAUUACAGAUAUAUACAAUUAGUGUUGUACAAGCAACAGAAAAAAAAUCUGAUGAUAGUUCAACACCAAAUCAUGUUAAAAUAAAAUAA